AUGCUUCGAGGCAUAGCCAACAGGUGGCGCGAGCUCCACGGCAAGGACUCGUGGAAGGGCCUCCUGGACCCGCUCGACAUCGACCUCCGCAGGUCCUUCAUCUCCUACGGCGAGCUCGCGCAGGCCACCUACGACGGCUUCAACCGCGAGAAGCGCUCGCCGCACGCCGGCGCGUGCCUGUACGGCCACUCCGACCUGCUGGCCGCGUCGGGCGCGUCGGCCGCCGCCGACUACGCCGUCACCAAGUUCGUGUACGCCACGUCGGCGCUGCCCGUGCCGGACGCGUUCCUCCGCCUGGCGCUGCCGGAGCUCAAGGACGCGUGGUGCAGGGAGUCCAACUGGAUCGGGUACGUCGCGGCGGCGACCGACGAGGGCGCGGCCAGGCUGGGGCGGCGCGACAUCGUCGUGGCGUGGCGGGAACCAUGA